AUGUCUCCCUCGGCGGGCGGCGCCGGUGACAACAGGAAUAGUCUCUUGUCGCUUCUGAAAUUCUCCCAAGCAGUCCCGCCAUCCGACUCUCCUACGUCUGAACACGCGCCUUCUCCACAGGGACAGAGAGGGCCAACUCCUCCCCGCCCUGCUGUCAAUUCGCCACCUCCGGUCUCGCAGCCGCCGUUGCCUCAUAAUAGAUCGAUUUCAGCUUCGGACCUCGUCGCGUCGCUGUUCAACAACGCGAGUAGAGAGAACAUAGCCUCGUCGGCGAGCUCGAGCCCUGUACAUCAACGCGCGCCUACCCAUCUAUUGCAGCAGCGCAGCGCGACGGCGGAAUCUGUUCCUCACAACAAGUCUCCAGUCAACCCACAGGACUUGGUUUUCCAGCUUCUAGGGCGCACGAAACCGGCGCAGGAAGAGUUGGGUCCUCCUCCGGCGACCCCAAGUCAAGAGGCAGCGUCAAACGCAGAGCAGAGUCGCGGGGAGCAGCCUUUGCUGAGGUCAUCCUCGAGCGUGUCUUCGAUGCCGCCGCCGCCGCCGAAUUACACUUCAGCAGGUCCAUCUCACGGCUUACCAUCUCUUCCCGCUGAAGGUCCUCCGCCUAGCCAUACUCCUAGCAAGGGUCUAUUCACCUACGUCAAUCCUUUCGAGCAACUCUCGGCUACCAGUCCACGGAAUAAGACUCCUAAGAGCGCAACGCCAGGUCCGCUGGCUACCAGGAAGAGCACGUUGGGAACCAGUGAGAUGAGAGCCGAAGAUUUCCCCUUGCCGGGAUCGACUUCAGUUUCCCCUCCUCCCCCUGCUCCGGUUGAGGCUGAGGCUGCCAUGGACGCUUCUACUCUGGACCAGGUGAAAGAGCGCGAGCAACAGCUGAUGGAGCAACUUGGUCAACACGCAGAAGAGUACGUUCCUUCGCAGCAGUCACCAGAGGAGACUCGUGUCGAAGACGGACCUCAGUCUGAGCCGUCCCAGCAAUACGAGGGUAGUGUCAAGGAUGCUGUAGUCGAGGUUGAGCAGCGAAAGAACGACUCUCCAUCCGUCCUUCCCGAGGUACAGAUGCAAGUGCAGGAGCACGUUGACGGAGAAGAGGAUGGAUACGAGUCUGCUCCGGAAACCCAAACCAUCGAAGUUUACAACUUCCCGAUGAAGCCCUUUUCAUCCAUCACUAUUAUCCCCACCGCCAUUAAGAGGCCCAAGUAUCCGUCAUCCAAGAUUUCCGAUGUUGCCAGGAUGGCUCGAACCUUCGAUCAACUUGACAGGAAUCUAAUCGCCGCUUCUCACCAAUAUAUCGCCUAUGCUCUCAGCAAGAGCAAUGGACGCGGUGGAAUCAGAAUCCUCAGGCAAUACGAUGGACUUGACAGGGUUCUCAUGAAGGAUAGCACCGACCGAACCUUCAAUGUUACGGUUGGAAAGAGUGAGAAAGUGCUGGGUACGGGUGUUUCGGGCGCCGUAGUCUGGGUCGACCUGCAGGCAGAUUUCGAUGGCGAUAAUUGGGACAGCAUGUUCGUGUUUCCACCGAGCGAAGAGCAAGGACAGAGCAAUGGCGUGCUGAAGUCACGUGCUCGAAAGACUUCGCGGCACCACGAUGCGUUUGCUAUCGGACGUGGCAAAACCAUCAGCAUCAUUCACGCUCCCACAGCCAGGGCGUAUGCCGAGGGUCGCAAGGGCAACGUUGUGGCGUCGAAGAAGUAUCUCGCAGAUCACACCCGCACCAUUGACACUGGGAAGGCCUCCAAAGAUUUCGCAUUCUCCGACGACGACUCGGUCAUCAUUUCCAUCGAUAAGGCCGGAAAAUUGAAGCUCUGGGACGUGUUGGAUCUGCUCAAUUUUACCGAGAGCGAUGCCUACGACAUUGCCCAAACUCCUGAACCUCCGAUGGUUCUGUCUACUCCCAAUCUUGUGUUCUCUGCAGUUGCCGCCGGUGAAUCUUACCGAGCAACUUCAGUUAUGUUUCUUGACAAGUUCCGACCGUACUUGAAGUGUUUGGCCCUGAGAUACGUCAUUGUCGGAAUGAAGCAGAACCACACUUUCCAGCUAUGGGAUCUUGCUUUGGGACGACCGGUACAGGAGAUCAACUUCCCUCAGGAGAGCGACACGGAUGCACUCUGCUCCGUUGCAUACCAUCCACUCUCGGGAAUCAUCGUUGUAGGCAACCCGACGAGAAACUCGAUCUAUUUCAUCCACCUCUCGGCACCGAAGUACAACCUUCCUCCUAUGUCGCAGGCUCAGUACAUCAGGGGUCUUGCUGACAAAUCGUCCGUAAUCCCGAAACCCGAUGCAACUGCGAUUCUUAGCGGGCUACGCGAAUAUUCAUUCGCUUCCAAGGGUCAACUGAUGAGCCUCGAUAUUCUGGACUGUGAAAGCGACCCACAGGAUGACAAUCCAGUUCUCUUCGAACUCUACGUCGCUCACAGCAAGGGAAUGACGACUCUGAGCGUUUACAAGGAAGAUCUGGGUUGGGACACAGACAGCAGGGUCAAGAACUCGGUCGACGCGAUUGCAAAAGGCGUCUGCGCCAUGACCAGCCUGCCACCGCCCCCUCUGCCUGAGCGAGACGACAAGAGCGAGAGCACCGAAGCUUCUGGCCAAGGCCUUAAGCCCAAGUCUAGCAGAACGAAGUCGCGAAGUGUCAGCCCAGCAGCAAGAGCUCCGGAAAAACUUGACGUAGAGGACAAAGCCGCUGCCGCCAGCAGCGCUGGAAAGAAGAAAAAGAAGGACAAGGCAAGCGCAAGCGCGUCCGCGGCAACCACGUCUGGUACUGACGAGCCUCAGGCGGAGAAGGCAGCGAGCGCUAAGGCUAAGGCACCCGGUGCUACUGCCCCCGCUCCUCAGAGCGUCGAACAGGAGCUUGGUGUUUCUUCCGGGUUCCUCGAUCGUGAGGUCAAGCGAAUCGAACAGACAGUCUCUGCCGAGUUCACGAGGGUGAUCAACAACGAAUUAGAACAGCUCUAUCGCCGAUUUGAUGACGACAAGAGGAUCCAGCAAGCUGCCGGCGACGCCAAGCAGGAUGCCAUCUUGCGUCUUCUGUCCAGCACUCUGACGGACAACGUCGACCAAGUCAUCUCUCGCAUUGUCAUGAAUAACAUCCAGACACAAGUUGUGCCGGCGAUUGCAGACGUCACUGCCACCUCGAUCAACCGCGUCUUGGGAGAGACUUUGACCAGAUCCUUGGCUGUCUCACUGCCGCAGGAGCUUCGCGCGAUUGUUCCGAAUGCUGUGAAUCAGUCCUUGGCUCAGCCCGACUUGCUGAACAGGGUUACCGAAAACCUUUCACGUCCCCUGACUCAAGUGGUUGAGCGCGAACUCACCCACUGCAUCCAUAACACAAUGGUUCCCGCCUUUCAGAAGUUGGCCAUCGAAACUGCCCAAAAGGCUGUUACUGAGGCCGAGAGGAAGCACAAUGAAACCAUUACCGCGCUGGAACAAAUGCACAGGAACGACUCCAGGAAGAUUGAUCAACUCAUGGCGACCGUUCAGCAAAUGGCCGAGACCAUGAACAACAUGGCCAAGAACCAGGCUGAAUUCCAAGAGCAGGUCCGGCAAGCCCAGGUGGAGUACUAUGAACACGGUGGGCAAGCCAUUGAGCCGGAGAAAUCUGCUGAGCAGCUCGAGGCUGAAGAAAUUGAGGAUCUUCUGAGGAGUGGGAAGUACGAGGAUGGAACCAUAAAGUGGUUGCAAUCUAAGGAACGUCAAGCCGAGCUUUUCGACGAGGUUAUGGUCCGCUACAGAUACGACUUCCUCCCUAACCUCAGCCAGCUGGUUCUGCUCUCUGUUUCUGCCGCGGUCAGCGUCAAAUUCGAGCACAAAGUGAUGGAGCGUUUGAGCUGGCUUGAAGGCGUUCUGGCAGUCCUCGAUCCCAUGGAUCCUGAGAUUCAUGAGAUUUGCAACAGAAUCAUGGUUGUCGUCGUUCAGAGACUGGAACAACUAUACAUGAGCACUGCUGAGACCUCUGAGCAUCAGAACCAGCAAAUCAGUCAUCCUAUUCUCAAGAAGAUUCCGGCAAUCGCCCGUCGCGCCCGGGAGCUCAGCGCAAUGGCUCAUCACCCGCGUUGA